AACAAGUUAGUUGUAAUAAUAAUAAAUUAAGAAAUAAUUUCCAUAAAAAAAUACAAAACGAAAAUUAAAACAGUAACAACAUAUAAAGUAUUUUUUUCAAUAGUUAACAAGUAUUAAGCAUUUGUCCACAAGUUAAAAAGAGAUAAAUAUACGGCAUAAAUAUAGCAUCACUAUUUAAAUUGCUGUGAAAAGAAAAAUAGUGAAGCACUCAGUCAGUCGUUCGUCGUUUUUUCACUCGUUCGUAUCGUUUUUUUUAAGACAUUUAUCGUGUUUUUUAUUCAUUAAACUAAUUUUAGACGUUGUUGCUGAAAUUUGCAUUUUUCUAUUUUCUUAUUGAAAAUUUUGCAAAUUUCUUUACAACGCCCAUAGAUAAAAAGAACGGGAUAAAAUAAAUAAAAUCGAAUACAAUUGAUAGAAAACCCCAAAACGAACUUAUAGCCCCAACUUUUUGUGGAUUAUAUAAAUUUUCUUUCGCCCCUCUGUGUUAAAAAAAGCCGUCAAAAUUGAAUCGACAAAGAUUGACGAGACUUUUUCCUCUACUUCAACUGCAAUGGAGGAUAAAGCAACAACAAAAGAUCUGGAUCAAUGGAUUGAACAAUUGAAUGAAUGCAAUCAAUUGACAGAAGCACAAGUUAGAACUUUGUGCGAAAAGGCCAAGGAAAUUCUUUCCAAGGAAUCAAAUGUUCAAGAAGUUAAAUGUCCGGUUACAGUAUGUGGCGAUGUACAUGGUCAAUUCCACGAUCUUAUGGAACUAUUCCGGAUAGGUGGUAAAUCACCCGACACAAAUUACUUGUUCAUGGGUGAUUAUGUUGAUCGUGGUUACUAUUCGGUGGAGACUGUUACACUAUUGGUGGCGUUAAAAGUACGCUAUCGCGAAAGAAUUACCAUAUUGCGUGGCAAUCACGAAUCGAGACAGAUUACACAGGUCUACGGUUUUUACGAUGAAUGUCUGCGCAAAUAUGGUAAUGCAAAUGUUUGGAAAUAUUUCACCGACUUGUUUGACUAUUUACCGUUGACUGCUUUGGUCGAUGGCCAAAUCUUCUGUUUGCAUGGUGGUCUAAGUCCAUCGAUUGAUAGUUUGGAUCACAUCCGCGCGCUGGAUCGCUUACAAGAGGUGCCGCAUGAGGGACCCAUGUGCGAUUUACUCUGGUCUGAUCCCGAUGAUAGGGGUGGCUGGGGUAUUUCACCACGUGGUGCUGGUUACACCUUUGGUCAAGAUAUUUCAGAAACAUUUAACAAUACAAAUGGUUUAACAUUGGUGUCACGUGCCCAUCAAUUGGUUAUGGAGGGCUAUAAUUGGUGUCAUGAUCGUAAUGUUGUCACAAUUUUCUCAGCGCCAAAUUAUUGUUAUCGUUGUGGUAAUCAAGCGGCUCUUAUGGAAUUAGACGAUUCACUCAAAUUUUCAUUCCUACAAUUCGACCCAGCACCCAGACGUGGAGAACCACAUGUUACACGAAGAACACCAGAUUAUUUCCUUUAAGAGAAAUUAUCGACAAGAUAACAUUACAAGAACAUUUACAUUUAUUACUAUAUAAAAUACUAAUGAUAAUAAUACAACAACAAAAAUCAUAAAGGGAAAAAUCCAAAUUUAUAAAAAAAACCAGUAAACAACAACAACCAACAAUCAGGAACACCAUCAUCGUCACAUCAUCAUCAGCAGCAGCAUCAACACCGUCGUUCGUAGUCAUCGUCGUCGUCGUCAUCAUCAGUAAACACCAACAACAACAAUAAAUUAAACAAUGGUAGAAAGAUAGAUGUAUGGAUGUGGUAUUUGAUGAUGAAAGGUGAGAUAGAGUUGGAGAAUGAAAGUAAAAUAUAAAAAAAAAACUAAAUAAAAACAGCGUUAAGAAAAAAAAUUAAAACUAAAAAAAAACAAAAUAAUUUAUAUACAAUUAGUUACAACAAAGCUGUAA